AUGAUUUCGAAGGUGAAAAAACUAACACAAUUACAUGAUAAACAUUUGACUCGACCUGAUUUUGAUGAAAAUUCAAGUGAAGAAAAAGAAAUUGAAUCGACUACAAAAGAUAUCACCUCAAUGUUAAAUACUUGUCAUAUGUCAGUUCAACAAAUAUCCAGUGAAACAAAUCAAUCACAAACAAAUGAUAAACGUUUAGCGAAUAAUGUCUUACAAGCAACAGCGUCAGCACUACAAGAUUUAACCGUUAAGUUUAGAAAAUGUCAAUCAAAUUAUUUACACAGUAAGUGAGAGUAUUGCCAUUUGUAGUAUUCGACAAACAUUCUCAAUUUUAAACUUGCUGCGGCCCAGUGGCGGAUCCAGCACUACAGCGGUCCGGCGACCGCCGUCCCCUUGCAAAUAGAAUUAUUUAUUAUUUAAUAUUUAUAGAACACUACCAGACUUCCUUAGAAAAAAUAUUGAUACUACCUCGGAUGACAUCGUUAGAAAUCACCAUCCCGUCGGUAGAAUCCUGGAUCUACACCUGCUGCGGCCAUACGUUUCAUACGGCAAACUCUGAGGCACUAUUUUUCUUAUGUUUCCUCGUUUCUCAAAUUUUUGAAACUGUUCUGAAACUUCUUCUUUACAUCUUCCUUCAUCUUACGCAGCAUUUAUCGUUCUACAAAGCGACAUUAGUGCCAUUUUAUGUCGAUGUAGUGUAAACUUUUCGACUUUUCAAAAUUGCGCACAUUUUAAAUUCGAGUAUCGAUCUUUUACAUCUCACAUAGUGUGUAGGUUUUUUCUACUCUUUCCAAUGGUACGUCACUGGAAAUGUACAAAUGAACAUAAUGGAAGACUUCAUAGGUGCACAGUUGAUCACAGGACUCUUCAUCUGAAACUCGAAACUCAGCUUUGUGAAAUUUGAGAUCAAUAAAUUUGAACUUUUCGAUAGCGAUGGACUCGAAUGAAAUGAUAGAGAAAGAGAAUUGAGUUUUGAGUGUACAAACGUUUCUGAAGGCUUUCUCUCUGUUAGAAAUCUAUUUCUGUUCGAGAACAUCCGAUGUUAAUAUAAUUUUCAUAGAAUGUGUGUCUUAUCUUAUAAAAAAUUCUUUUCACUUUCUGUGAAGAUUUUUGGACCUGCUUUCUGCCAGACAAUAGUCUCUUCCACUUUCAAAGCUAAUCGAGAACUCUAACAUCGGAUGCUCUGGAGAGAAAAUAGGUUUCUGACCGAAGCUUCUCAUAAAAGAUACAAAUCCAUAGUUUUCAAUGUAUCUCUUUUAAUCAAUUAAGAAGUAUCUCGUUUGAGAAAUGAAUAUUUUGGCAAGAAACUGUGUUUCUCAAAAGAGAUACAUUAUCUCUCAUUUCUGUAUUCCAAAUAGAAAUGAAAUUAACGGUAGAAGCAAUCGAGAUUAUCUUCAGCGGUAAUUAGUACUUUGAUCAAUUAAGCUUAAAAACAAAUUAUUUUCAAAAAAAAACCAAAGACUUGUACCAUUUACACAUAUAAUUUAUAAUUUUCUAAAGUCUAUUAAUUAAUAUAUUAAUAAGAUCUAUUAAUUGUACACAACCACCAUUCAGAAUCGUUUUUAUUGAUACGUAGAAAAAGAUUUUCUUUGAACAAUAUGGCAGAAGCGCCUUUUUGAGUUUGCUUUUGUAUAAAAUCCAUGAUAAUUUUUUGAAGAGUGAGGCAACAUUGCUUUGGGUAGUGUUAUUUAUAAACAUUUCGGAACAAUGAAAUCCGAAUUGUGCAGCACUGAGCCUUUUAUGAAACUCUUCUGCCGUCAAGGUUAAACCGAGUCGGGUGGCGAAGUUUUUUGAGCCAGUUAAAAACUGUUGGGUUACAUGCGAAGUUUGCCUUAAAUAUCAUUGAUCAAAAUACUAAUUACCGCUGAAGAUAAUCUCGAUUGCUUCUACCGUUAAUUUCAUUUCUAUUUGGAAUACAGAAAUGAGAGAUAAUGUAUCUCUUUUGAACAACACAGUUGCUUGCCAAAAUAUUCAUUUCUCAAACGAGAUACUUCUUAAUUGAUUAAAAGAGAUACAUUGAAAACUAUGGAUUUGUAUCUUUUAUGAGAAGCUUCGGUCAGAAACCUAUUUUCUC